UCCUAAAUUGGGAAAAAGAAUAUUUAACAUUGAACUCACAUAUGAAAGUACAAUUUUUGCUAUUUUUGAUCUAGUUCUUGUGUUAGGUAUAGUUUUUCAGGUACACUUUUUGCUACAAUUGAUCAUUUUUAAGACCUAUCCAAAUAGAAGGGACCACUUCUGUUUCUCGAUCAAAAUCCCUAAACCUACCCCAAAACAAACUUACUGCGAAAUCAUCAUAAAAAGAUGCAACCAAAUUGCAUCGAUCAAAAUCAUUAUUUAGUGUGUGAUGAACAAAUCACCGUAUACAAAAGAGAACUGAAUGUGAAUCAAAGUUCGCCAAUCUAAUCGGCACCUCUGAUUUCGUCAACUCACCAAGUUUAGCAACUACGAUGAAGAAUAGUACUCACUCGUGGCCUGCAGUUUGCUCAAAGAUGCAAUGGUGCAGAUACUCUUAAGACUUCAUGUGAAGUCGCUGCUCUGCUUUAGGUCUGUCUGCAAAUCAUGGUACAAUUUCCUCAAGAGCCCUCAUUUCAUUAAGCUGCACCUCACCCAUCAAAUUUCACGUCCCGCUUCUGUCCUUAUUGUUUACAACAGAGAUAAUUAUGGCUGCUUCCCUGACCUCUCUUUGCUCCAUCUUCAUCCAAUAUAUUUUACUAACCCAUUGCCUUUACCUUUUGCUAUUGAGGCUAAGGACUAUUUAAACUUUGAGUUUUGCUACAAUGGUCUAAUAUGUUUGAUGAAGGAUAUCUAUACGUCACCAGAAGUCAUCCUGUGGAAUCCUGCUACUCGGAAGUAUAAGUGCAUCAAUGUACCUUCUGAGUGCUCUAGAUUUACGUAUCUAAAACUCGGUUAUGUUCAACAAAGCAAUGACUAUAAACUUUUGAAAGUCCCUUUUGAGCCACGGAGUAGUGAUGAAGCAUCAAAAAUGGCUUGGGUUUAUACCCUGAGUUCAGGUUCAUGGAAAACUGUACCAUUCACCAUUCUUAGCCUAACUGUUGCAUGGGGACCUCAGAUUUCGCUGGAUGGUUGUGUGUAUUGGCUGGCUACUUCAGCGGUGGAAUGUAUUAUCUGCUUUGAUUUGAUUAAGGACGAAUUCAAACUUGUAGACGUUCCUGAUGAUCGUGGAUUUGAACGUGAAUAUGUUCGUAGAAGGCUUAUAGUUUUAAGGGGAUCUCUUGCCAUGAUGGUCUCCGUUGAGGAUGGUUCUAGGGAUACUGAGGUAUGGGUACUGAUGAAUAAAAGUGGCAUUAAACAAUACUCUUGGACUAAGAAAUUCAUUAUAGAACCUUUCUCCAAAGAGGCAAUCCCUUUGGGAAUCUGGAAUGAUGAUAAGCUUCUUGUAGUAGUUUUACAAACUCGUGCUCUCAAACAAGUCUACACUUACGAUCUGGUUACAAAAAAGAUAGACUAUUUUCAUGUGCCAAAGGAAGAAGAGUUUGCUUCGUUUAUGUCAGUGCGUGGGCGCUAUUUCGAGAGCUUGGAACUUGAAGAUGGAUAUGGGAAAUACUGAUCAAACAUGGAUGUGGGAGAUACUGAAACAAGUUUGUGACUACUACUUUACUAUAUUAGUAAUAAUUUUCUAUUUUCUAUGGAUAGAACAAUGGCGCUAUUAAGUACUGGUUUAUUUUGCAUUUUAUUCUUUACUUUAUUUUCUCCAUUUUUGAUUAAUUAGUUUUACUGUGCUUUCAAUGGAGACCCCGAAACACCUUAUAAAUAAGUCCUUCACAUCUGUUAGAAUUGAAGAAAAGAAAAACAUUUCAUAUUCUGUUCAA